CCUCGAUAGAUCCGCCAACUUUUGGGGUGACAGGAGCGCUUCUCGGAGCCGGAGGGAAGAGUUUCUUGGUCGAAGAUGGACUUGUGGCCGGGCGGCGUUGGGUUGGCAGCUAAGCUGCCGCUGUUGUUUUUCCUCAUCAUCUCUGCGACCACAGGCUCUGUUCGAGCUAAAAUCCACUAUCAAAAAUGGGAGGUGGCAUACCAGUUCAAGUCCCCAGAUUGCUUCCAGAAGUUGGCAAUCACCAUCAAUGGGAGAACACCUGGCCCAACAAUCAUUGCCGAGCAGGGAGACACUGUGGUCAUCGAUGUCAAGAAUGCGUUGCUCACUGAGAACUUAGCCAUUCACUGGCAUGGGAUUAGGCAGAUUGGCACUCCAUGGUUUGAUGGCACAGAGGGGGUGACACAGUGUCCGGUUGUGCCAAGGGAUACUUUUACUUACAGAUUUGUUGUUGAUCGAUCGGGCACGUACAUGUACCAUGCACACUAUGAGAUGCAAAGGUCUGCUGGACUCUACGGUCUUAUUCGAGUUCUGCCCCCUGCCGGUGUGGUCGAGCCGUUCAUCUACGACUAUGACCGGAGCAUCAUCCUUAAUGACUGGUGGCACCAGAACACCUAUGAACAGGCUGUUGGCCUGAACUCCAAAAACUUCACUUGGGUUGGAGAGCCUCAGUCACUUUUGAUCAAUGGAAGGGGGAAAUUCAACUGCUCCAACGCAGGAAGCGGGGUGUGCCAUCCAACCAAUCCCGAGUGCUCGCCUUAUGUGUUAACAGUCAUCCCGGGGAAAACAUACCGCCUUCAGAUUGCAAGCAUCACCUCUCUUUCGGCUCUAAAUUUUGAAGUUGAGGGACACAAUUUGAUGGUUGUCGAAGUAGAUGGUCACUAUGUGAAGCCCUUUAUGGUGAAGAACCUGAAUAUCUACUCGGGCGAGACCUAUUCAGUGCUUUUGAAAGCUGAACAAGACCCCUCUCGCAACUACUGGGCUGCUGUGUAA